AUGAAUCCGACCUCGACGAAACCUACAUAUCUCAACUACCGCGGAGCGUCAAACACGACGGGCGUGCCUUCGGGCAUCCGCACUGGCAGCCCUGCCUCGUCGACCUCGGCCCCAAUGCUUAACAGGUUGUCUUCAGCCAAUUCGAACAUUCCUACCAACCCCUCUGGCAACAGCAUCAUCCUUUACGUACCCAAUGUCGCAUCGCCCGCGCUAUCCCAACACCUCUCGAUUCUUCUCUCUACUCAUCGCAUUGCUGCCGUACACUUGAUUGGUCGUCGUGAUGUUGUACUCAAGAACCUGCGCACCGAAAUCUAUACCCUGGCUGGAAGAAUGAGGAGUGAUGUCCAAGUUUCAAUGUCCUUGACAGAAGGUGCAAAAAGCUUGGAGACGGCAGUCAGAGAUAUAGGUGCCAGGAGGCAGAAGGUGUUGGGUGCUCUGGUCUGCGAAUGGGAUGAAGUGCCAGAAGAGGAAGAGCAAGAGAAGGAGAAAGAUGUCUUGACCAUUGACACAGACGAGAUCGAGGCCAUCUGGAAGGCAUCCGUGCUCCCGUUACACGCUCUGCUCCGCAACCUUCUCCCUCUCUUCUCCAACACCACCACAGAGACCCCAUCACACCCCUCGACCUUGCCUUUCAUCUACCUCGACACUUCCACCCACCUCUCAACAUUCGCAACCACAUCCCGCGCCGCUUUCCUGUCCUCGCUGACUUCCUCUCCCGCUACCAAAAACAUCACCAUUGGCCCUGCCAGUGAAUAUCUCGUACCCGCCCCCGUUGUGUCAGAUACACAAAGCAUGAGAAGCCUGCAGAUUGACACCGGCAACGGCGCAUCCAGAAGCAACGGAUAUUCCGCCGACUCCCCUGAGACCAGCCCCCUCUUCGGCGCCGAGAGUCCGACAAAACUCUGGGCCAGUUGGGCUGCUCAGUAUGAGUGA